AUGGAGUCUCCAUAUUCUUCCGACCCUCCGAACUACGAAAAGUGGCCCUGCCCUGAAUCCUUGCCAGAUCUGGCCUCGGUCUAUGAGGAACUUGGCCGUCUUGAGACCCUUGAACAGGCCGCCAACCGGCAUCUACGCGAUGCAGAGGGGCAAGAAGGCGCCCAUCCACACUCGGGCGACGCCUCUCUGCGAAAAGAUGAGCCCUCCUUGACCCAGCAGGAUGGCUGGAGAGACGUGGCUCAGCGUCUCAAGCAACAGCAGGCAGGCCUUGAAUCCAGGGCCGCGUAUCUUUCCAGCCGGCCAAUCAAUGCGUGCCUGAAUCUGUCCACGGAAAUCCUGCUCAUGAUCAUCAAGUGCUUCGAGUACACGCCAAAUUCUGAAGACACGGGCCGUCAAGGCAUCAUUGCCGAGUUCCCAGAGGAAAAUCUCCGCACCAUCCAGGCAUUACGCCUCACAUGUCGCCAUUUGAAUCUCUUGGCGUCACCGUUUCUCCUGCCCGUGGUCAAACUCUCUGUCAACAACAUGUCCCUCGCAUUGGCCAAUUCGCUCUGUUUUAGGCCUCACAUGGCUGCUGGCGUCCACGCGAUCCGGAUUGGUCUCGGGAACCGCCCCGCAGAUUCCGUGACAAACAUGUACCCAUUCCUGGAACUCAAGGAACCCGACUUUGAGAGCUUGGCAGUCGAUUUACGAACAGAAGUCGGGCAGGCUACGCUCUUGCUUGGCCAGGCUCAUCAGCGUGGAGAGGUUGAAACCAUCCAAAGGCUUGAGAUUGCGACCAACAACAUGUAUGACGCUAAUUGUAGAGGAGAGAUGAUCCGUUCGGCCAUGACGAAGCUUAAGAAGGAACUAUCAGAUGCGUGGAAUGGCAGACGGCACUGGCGGCUUCAACGUGAGCGCCGCCGGCGGGUAGAUGCUGGCUUAGAUAUUGAUUCAGAUGUUGAUCCUUUUAUGGUGCUAGCUGCUGAAGAGGAUUUUGAUUCAGAUGUUGAUCCUCCUGUGCCGACAGAUGUUGAUCCUCCCGUGUUGACAGAUGUUGAUCCUGUCAACAUGGAUCAUCUGAGCCGCUACAGACGAUUGGUCACGGACGCCCACAAAGAGUAUGGUCGGAUUCAGAGGGAGCAGCUGGAGUUGCUCCAAACGGGGAUAUUCGCCAAUACGGUUGCUCGCCUCGCAAGCCAGGGAAGACACCCAAUCUCUCUUGAGUUCUUUGAAAGUCGAAGAUACAGGCCGGGCAAUGACCCGAGUACCACGCGCACCCCGUAUCGGAGCGUCGAAGCCCUGUUUGAUUUUCUCUUAGCUGCACCGGCUUGGGGCAAUCUGGCUGAUCCCGUCAGCCUCAACGUACUCCUUGAUCUACCUAUUGCUAUCCGCAACACCGGCAGAAUUUUGAACGGCUUCCAACUAAGCGUCCCCCCAAUGCUACACCAGAUUCCCUCGAUAUAUUCUGAUGAUCAGCCAAACAAUGCUUGGCAUGGUUUGAGUGCUGCGUCUCAGACGUUUAAGUUUUUCAACUUGGAGAAAAAGGAACUCAAGCGCAUUGAGACCGGCGACGAAACCAUCGCGGCAGCCGGAUUGAGAGGUAUCCGCAAAUAUUUUACUGCCCUGCUGUCUGGCCACUGCUUUGAGGAAGUUUCAUUUGACGGCUAUGCAUAUAAGAGGCAGGGGCUCGCGACUUUUGGUAGGCAACUCCCAAUAGGACAAGCUUUUGCCAAUAUUGAGUGGCCGCAAAUCAAGACGGUGCGGAUUUUUCACGUAUCGAUGACACAAGCAGAACUUGAAGGCUUCGUCAGAGGUCUAGGGUCGAAUCUAGAGGAGAUAAUACUACACGACGUCGAGAUGACAGGAGAGAGUUCAUGUUGGAUGCGGGCGCUGGACAUUUUGAAGGAGAAGGUGGCUAGACGUCCGGAAGGGGCGCUUGGCUUCCACGUUCCUUAUAUAAUUGGCGACGAUAUCACUAUGUUUGUGCAAAGUAGCGAUAAGCUUCUGGUCGAGCACUUCGAAAGAUCCAAGAAAUACACAGCCAUGAAGCUCAUAGAACGGUAUGUCAACAAUGACGGCAUCAGCGAGCUCCCUCUGCGGGAUCACGUCGGCCUUUUACAUUUUGAUUUUGAUACUUUUCCCAUGUGGUAA